AUGGCCCCGCCAACGCCCAUCUCCAUCCCCACCUUUGCCGAAGCACAGCUCCAGCUCCUCCUCCAAGAGCACGAAGCUGAAGUCGCCUCUUCCUCACUAGCUUCAACCGCGGCAUCCGUUUCGCCAUCAACAAGACGAACCCUCCAAGCUACCGGCUACGCUUUGACAGGCUUGGUCCUUUCGCAAUGCCGCACCGGCUUGGGAGGUCGCGUCGUGGGCGAAUUCACACCCGAUCCGGCUGUCGCGUCGACUGGGUCCAAGUCGCAAGAUGGAGGUGACGCGAGGGCAUCGGAUGGGCAGCCUCGAUUGGGGUCUCAUGGUAUGCGGGUUGGCGAUGUGGUUCGCGUCAAUGAUGUCUCUGCAGGGUCGGCGAAGAAAGCGGGGAAGGAUAAAGAUAAGGGCAAGGAUGGUGGUAAGGAUGGGAGUAAAGGGGGUCCGGAGGGUGUUGUCACUAGAGUGAGUGAUAAGGCUAUCUGGAUUGCUUUUGGGCAGAGAGGUGGUGGUGCUCGCUCGAAAGAGGAUGAUGAGGCGAUCGAGGAAUUAUGGGGGAAGAAGCUUUGGGCGAUCAAGCUUGCAAAUGAUGUUACAUAUAGACGGAUGAGGCAGACCAUGGAGAAGAUGGUCAAAAUGACUGAAGGAGACCACUCGCAUUUUAUGCGGGUUGCUUUUGGUCAUACCACUCCAUUACAACCAGACUUUGAAGGUGCCGGAGAUGUACAGUUCAUCGAUCCCACUCUGAACGACUCGCAGAAAGAUGCCAUUCGCUUUGCGUUGGCUGCUAAGGAUAUCGCUCUCAUUCACGGUCCUCCCGGCACGGGCAAGACCCAUACUCUCAUUGAAUUGAUCAUGCAGAUGAUUCAGCGAAAGAAACGCAUCCUUGUGUGUGGCCCAUCGAAUAUAUCCGUGGACAACAUUGUCGAACGUCUUGCUCCGAAUAAAGUGCCCGUGGUCCGAAUUGGACAUCCGGCUCGUUUACUUCCUUCGGUGAUGGAACAUUCCCUCGAAGUUCUCACCCAGACUUCUGAUGCCGCAAGCAUCGUAAAAGAUGUUCGGAAAGAGAUGGAUGAGAAGCAAGCCAGUAUCCGCAAGACGAGAACUGGUCGGGAACGACGAGCUAUCUAUGAUGACCUCAAACUAUUACGAAAGGAGUUUCGAGAGCGCGAGUCUAAAUGCGUCGAUAACCUGGUGCGAGAGAGCAGCGUGGUUCUAGCGACCCUUCACGGUGCUGGAGGCCACCAAUUGAAGAAUCAAAAGUUCGAUGUUGUGAUCAUUGACGAGGCCAGUCAAGCACUCGAGGCACAGUGCUGGAUUCCACUCCUAGCGGCUGAGAAGGUAGUCCUGGCUGGUGAUCAUUUGCAACUGCCCCCGACUGUCAAAUCAGCGAACCUCAAAAACAAGGAGAAAAUUGGCAAAGACACUCAAAAGAAGGAUGACAGUGACCCCGCCAAGAACGAGACCCUGAAGGGUGUUUCACUAGAGCGGACCCUGUUCGAUCGGCUACUAGCGCUACACGGGUCAGGGAUCAAACGAAUGUUGACGACCCAGUAUCGGAUGCAUGAGAAGAUCAUGCGAUUCCCGUCCGACGAGCUCUACGAGUCCGAGUUGAUCGCGGCCGAUUCGGUUAAAGAUAGACUGCUCGCCGACUUGCCCUACGAAGUCAAAGGGACAGAUGAUACCCAGGAACCCCUCGUCUUCUGGGACACGCAAGGCGGUGACUUUCCCGAAAAGACCGAGGAUGAUGAUAUCGGUAAGAAAGAGGCUCUUCUGGGAGAGAGCAAGAGUAACGAAAUGGAGGCCCUGGUGGUCGCCCGACACGUUGACAAUUUGAUCGCGGCUGGGGUACGGCCCGAGAGCAUCGCGGUUAUUACCCCUUACAACGGCCAGCUAGCACUUCUGUCUCAGAUGCUUCGCGAGAAAUACCCUGGCCUAGAGCUAGGCAGUGUCGACGGCUUCCAGGGUCGCGAAAAAGAGGCUGUAGUAGUCAGUCUAGUGCGAAGCAAUGCGGAGCAUGAAGUGGGUUUCCUCGGCGAGAAAAGACGAUUGAACGUGGCCAUGACACGCCCCAGACGGCAUCUUUGUAUCUGCGGGGACUCGGAGACUAUCAGUCGGGGUAGCGAUUUUCUUAAACACUGGAUGAGUUACUUGGAGGAACAUGCUGAUUUGCGGUACCCUGAUGCGGGCGAUCUUCUUUAG